AUGUCGGGGAUCAAGUUUGUUUAUCAGAUCAAUGGCACAGAUGAUGCUCUCAACUUCAGCGCCAGGGCGUUUUGGUCUGGUUUGUGGUCUCGUCUCCAUCUUGAACAUCUCUUCAUUGACCGUCAUUUCAAGUCCAAGCAAGACAUCUCUGUCUUUGUAUUGGCUCUGGAAGUAACAAGCCGCAGCUCGACCAUUUUCAUGUGUCAUGUCUGGACAGCGCCCUCUGCCGUUUUUGGUUUCAUUUGUCAUCUUCGGAUACUUCGGCGCAAACCCACAGCACCCAAACCCCCAGCAUCCAAACCCAUGGCCACUACCCCGCCUCCUUCACCGAAGUUUGCAGAUAUCAUCGAAGACCGAUUCCGUUUCUUAGAUGAAGUGUAUUUUCCUCCAAUAUCCGCUCCGAAUCCUAGCUCUUUUGUAAGAAGUAGGAACGGGUCUUUGCCUUCUUCGAGGACAGGGCUCGCGCUGGAAGCUACCAUCGGUUCGAUUGGAGCUGGUGAUGAGUUCCGGCCCAAUGCAACUGGUACCUCCGAUCUCAUGGCUUGUCUCAGUCUGCAUGUCAUCAUAGCUUAUGUGGUUCUCGCACUUCAUCAUCGAGCUGAAAGGAAUGUUCACUUGAAACACGAGAGGUCACGAGGCAGGCUUUCGGGUUUCGCCUCUCGAGGCGUAAAGAAGGGCAAUAGGCGCGGAAAAGCCCAAGGUAUCGAUGACGGCGCCAUCCAUCUGAUAACUUCACUUGAGGAUGUUCCUGUAGUACCUUCCCGUCCCAUAGGUUUUAGACGGUUCACCGGAAAUUUCGAGUCCAUCUAA